GCAGAAGGUGCUGAGCAUAAAAAGAGGCAAAGGUUCCAGCGCCUCACAUCUCCUCAGGAUUCUCCCUCCUUCCCCCACACAGCGACCCGGGACUCUGUGCUACAUCCUCCUCAGCAGCCCUCCAAACUCAACAUGAAGACGGCUCUCGCUCCCCUCACUGUGGCCCUGCUGGCUCUACUGCCUCUGGUCCGACUCAUGCCCGUUAACGAUGUCCCGGCUAACUUCCUGAGAGAGGCCAUGACGGAUGGCUUCAUCGUGGAGGACCCCUUCUCCAGCGCCGCCAGCGGGGGACUCGACCAAGCGCUCCCAGCAGACCGGUCCGACCUGACCGAGGCCAGCGGAACCCAGGAGGGCAGUGGAGGGCAGGAGGCCAGCGGCGGGCCCUACCUCACAUGGCCACACCUGCACCUGGUCACGGCGGCCCCUCCCAACGCCACCGCGGUCUUCAGCCAGGAAGAGGAGGGGUCUGGGUCUGAAUCGGGAUCUGGAUCUGGUUCUGGGUCUGGAUCUGGCAGCGACCUGUUUAUGGAGGAGGCAACAACUCCCAGUCUCGCCACCCAGACUCCCAGCACCACGACAGGAGCGAUGGAUGUCUCCACCUCCGCCAGCCCCAGCCCCUCCCAGGCCGCCCCCACUGCAGCGUCUCCUGUGACCCCCACCGUGGUGGAUGAACCGCAGAGCUCUACUACAACGUCUCCUGUGACCCCCAUCGUGGUGGAUGAACCCCAGACCUCUACUACAACGUCUCCUGACAUUCCCAUCGUGGUGGAUGAACCCCAGACCUCUACUGCAGCGUCUCCUGUGACCCCCACCGUGGUGGAUGAACCCCAGACCUCUACUACAACGUCUCCUGACAUUCCCAUCGUGGUGGAUGAACCCCAGACCUCUACUACAACAUCUCCUGUGACCCCCAUCGUGGUGGAUGAACCCCAGACCUCUACUACAACGUCUCCUGACAUUCCCAUCGUGGUGGAUGAACCCCAGACCUCUACUACAACGUCUCCUGUGACCCCCACCGUGGUGGAUGAACCCCAGAGCUCUACUACAACGUCUCCUGUGAAGCCCAUCGAGGUGGAUGAACCCCAGAGCUCGGCGAUGGUCGUCAGCCGCAUCGAGAGCCAAAGCAUCUUUCUAAACCACGCAGCUGCCCACAAAGAAAAGCCAGGAGAAGCAGCGAGUAGCUCUGGUUGGAUGUUCAUCGUGGGAUCCACUGUGGGUGUGGCCGCGCUGGUUCUCAUCAUCAUUGCGGUCGCUACAAGAAACAGGUGGAACGGGCCCGGUCAGGCCACCCUGAAGGCGGAGCGGGCGGGCCGCUCAGAGGAGACGCAGAGGCAGGAGAUGAAGGAGUUCCUGCCCAAGGAGGAGCGGCACCACGCAGAGUACACCGUGGUGGCGCUCAGCGAGGUCUCGGAGAAGGAGAGCCUGUCCUGAGGUCUGCAGAGAGAGACCUCCUGAGGGUCCCAGACCGUCUGGAGGGCAGGCGUCGGGACCAGAGCCGCUCCGGUGGCACAACUGAUCCUGAAGUCUUGCCUUGUUUUGUUUGUUUUUUAGCGGAAACUUUGGACUUUGACCUUUCUGUUGUCAUAGCAACAUAAACAUUUCCUCCUAAUGCUUGUCAUAAAUAUCAGAAUUGCACUAACAUUUGAAAAGUGUUUUUGCAUUGUUUCAUUCACUUUAUAUUGUAUAUAAAAGGGGACUGUAAAAUAUGUUUCUUUAUAUCAUGCUGAGUGUAUUGCUGUAUUAUAUUUCACCUUGUUAGUGUAUUUUGUGUUUUUGAGUGCCUUUUCGAAAUCUUUUAAUGCUUACUUAAUUAAUUAGUUCACAGCAGAGAUUAUCUUCCAUGUAGAAUUUUUUGUGUAAAUCGUAUUUGAAACCGGACAAUAUUGUGUGGCCACAACCGUUUAACCAAAAGAUCAAAGACAGCAUUUAAUUUAACAUUUAUUUGUUGGAAUUCAUAUUUACACACAAGUAUUAAAAUGUGUACACGCUUUUA